AACGGGGCCAUGGCCUGGGUUUGGAACAGGGCCACGGCCUGGGUUUGGAACGGGGCCAAGGCCUGGGUUUGGAACAGGGCCACGGCCUGGGUUUGGAACGGGGCCAAGGCCUGGGUUUGGAACGGGGCCAUGGCCUGGGUUUGGAACUGGGAACUAAGUGCUCAGACAACAUUUAUGCUGUACGACAUGGACAACAAAGAAUUUAGAAUAGUCGACUAUUCACCGAUAAAACCUUAUAUUCUUGAUUGAAUCACAAAUGUUCAAGUAUUCAAAAUUGUGAUAUGUAAUUAUUCUGCAGUCACAUCAACAACAGUUAUCCCUGUAGAGGUGGGGGAAUGCUAGGAUGUCUCAGAGACGCUCACAGUGAGGAGUUGUAACGCUUGAUCUCAGUCCAGUCAGGGAUAGCGUGUACGGCCAGACACUGACGCGUCUACACGUUCAAGUUCGGUGGGAGGGAUUGUUGUUUUAUCAUAGGGUGAAGAAAACAAGUUGGUAUUGUUUGAAGAGAACUGCAACCAAAAGCUCUGUCAGUUCAGACUGAACCAAGAACCAAGCUCUGCUGAAACCUCAAACCUUUUCUGGGUUUUUGCAACAUCUUCAGCUUCUUAAACAGCUGAUGUUUACGUUUCCGGAUCAAUGGAGAACCACUUUCAUUUUCAGAUACUCUUCCUGUUUCUCCACACUGGACUCUGUACUGGGUGUGGCCCAGCAGAGUACCUGAGAAGAGAGAAGUGCUGUCCCAUGUGUCCCCCUGGAAACCGUGUCCAUGAACAUUGCACUGAAUUCACAACCACUCAAUGCAUUCCUUGUGCUGGCCCGACGUACCUUGACCAGCCUAAUGGUCACUCAAGCUGCUUUCCAUGUACAACCUGUGAUCCAGGUACCGGUAUGAAGGUAAAGCAGGGUUGCACAUCCACAUCAGAUGCUGUGUGUGAACCACUUCAGGGAUACUUUUGUAAAUUACCAUCUAACCAAGGAUGUAAAGUUGCCCAGGAACACAGCAGAUGUAAACCUGGACAAUACAUCAGUCGGCAAGCAACAUCAUCCAAAGACACUGAAUGUUCAGACUGUACUGGUGAUACUUUUUCCACUGGAUCAUGGACAUUCUGCAAACCACACACAAAGUGUGAAUCACUGGACAUGGUUCUACUCAGUCCUGGUAACCAUUCAUCAGAUACUACUUGUGAAACAUUGAAGUCUGGAGUCAUUGUUAAUGUAAUUGCUGCAGUCCUUUUUGGAGCAAUUUUUGGAGUCACUAUGGGUGUCUAUCAUAGAUUGAUUGAGACAUACAUUUAUGGAUCCAUUAGAAUGAAACUCAUCAUAACACUACUUACAGCAUGCAUUAUUGGAUACAUUGUGGGAGCCUUUAUAAAUUUGAUUGUUGAAGCCAAUGUGGUCAAUUUUGGAAUAAUUUGUGGAGUCGGUUGCUUUGUUAAAAGGUAUAUCUGGUAAAUUAAGUAAAUGAAGGACUUGAUGGUAAUGGCCCUACCGCUAACUAAUGGGGAUCCCAGUAAACUUUCAAAGCUUUCGAAUAAAUUCAAAAUGUGAUAACUAAUGUUGUCCAGAGGAGGGCAGCAGCAUGUUUGAGGCUCAUAGUCUGGUUGAACAUAACAGGUUUGAUCAGGUGUGGGAUUUGUUUGAUAAUGCCUUAUUAUAGCGUGAUUAUAAUUAUUGGGUGCAUUGGGUUCAUCACUGUAGACUAAUUGUAUUUGUUGUAUUUAACCCUUUUAUUAUAAUAAACACAUUUACACAGCAUGGCAUACAAGACAUUUGA